AUGCAAUCAGAGGAUAUAUUAGUUGAUCUAGAACAAAUUGACACUUCUGGUUCAUCAAAUGCUUCCAAUUUAACUCCACUAUAUGGUAAAAACCAUAUUUAUGAAAAUGAAUUGACUAAAUUGAAAAAUAUCUUGAGGAGCAGUGAACACACUAUGUCACCAAAUACAAUCAGCUCAUUGUUAUAUCGAUUAUGCUCUUUCAAAUUAUAUGAACCUUUAGUUAUUCAAAUAGAGAAAGAGAAAGAGAACGAAGGUGAAGAUUUAUCAGAAUCAAAGAGGUUGAAAAAACUUCGAUUGGUUAAACAACAUUCUGUUAUCCAGACCGUUUGGACCACUGUUGUGAAUGAACUCAAACACUAUUCUAGUACUAUAACAUCAUCUUUAGAUAAUAUGCGUAAUACAAUUGAUGAUGAAAACUUGGAUUCUGUAUAUCAUAAUAUCAUUCAAAUUUUUAAAAUGCUUAUGGAUUAUUACGAAAAUGUUAAGGACAUCAUCAAGUUUUUUCAUUUCAAUUAUCCUACGGUAAUACAAGAUGAGUUUCCUUUACAACUCGAUGAAUUGGAAUAUUACCAAAAUAUUGCAUUGGCUCCAUUAUUUCUAGAACAUGGAGAUAAAGUUAGAACAGGGUUUACAAAAUGGUUUCUGUCAGCAAAUUCAGCUGCUAACUUCCAGUAUUCAAAAUUACAACUAGAAUUUAUGAAAUAUCUUUACCGCAGUAAUCCAAUAUUACAAGGUGAACCUUUUACUGAAUGCCUUAAUACAUGCAUAUUGUCAUUUGCUAAUGAAAUAAUUAAUGAUAUACAAAAUAAUCAAGAUGACUCAACCAAUGGUCUAAAUAUAAUAAUAACAGGACUUAAAAAGCUAGUGCUGAUAUGUUGGCCACUUGGGAAAGAUAUUAUCCCAAUAGUGACUGAGUUUUAUAUUGAAAAUACUUUAUUAAAAGAAUACACAGCUGCAAGCAUUAUCAGAAGAUGUGUAGAAAACUGUGAUAUCAAAGAUUCUGGAGAUCAAAUAAUUUAUAAGACUAUUUUGGAAUGCUUUCUUGACAGAGAUUUAGAAGAUUUGUUAAAAGAUGAAAUAAGUUAUGCGUUUGAAGAUAGUUUGAAAUAUAUUUUUGAAUCAGUUAAAAACUACUCGUCAAUUAAGUAUUUCAUAAUGGCAGUUAAAUAUAUUAAUUUCAUUAGUAAUUCAACUAUAGAAACCGAAAAGGUAAAAUUUAGUAGCUUUUCGAGAAUAAUCAGAGAAAGUAUAUUCAACUUCUUAGGUGGUGACAUAAAAGUUGUUGAAAAAUAUCAAAAAUUAAUCUCUUUGAGGAUGAAAGGUUUAAGCACUACACAUUUUCAAUUAGCUUCAGAAGAUAUGGAUACAUUAUUAUGUAAAAUACCAUAUUUUUUGCAAUUUGAUAAAUCAUUUUUAUUGGAUCACUCAAAUUACUUAUUUAGAAGAAUUGUUAUGAGUGGUCCACGAACACUAAAUGAUCUAUCACAGAAUUCUUUUGAGCACAAUUUAUUGAAAACCUACGAUGAAAUUUAUCAACAUAAUGAUGAUGCCACUGGAUUCUUGAACUUUUCAUUGGAUAUGAGAGGAGCAUGUUCGAUGGCGAACGAAUAUAUGAAUUUGCAUGGUGAAGAAAUUGAUUUGGCAUUGGUACCAAUGGUUUUCGCUAAAAAAUCAGUACCUAAAAUCUUUCAGAAUACCAAUAUUGAUCAGGAUAUAAUAAUACCUGACCGUUUUAAAGAGAGCUGGAAUACUUUUUCGUCAUUCUACAAAGCAAAAGAUAAAAAUGAAUACAAAACUUUACACCAAAUGUAUUCUUUACAUCAUUGUGAGGUGGAAACAUUUUACAAACUACCAAAUGGUGAGAAUUUAACAUUUCAGUUGACAUUAUAUCAAACUUUAAUUCUCGAAAAAUUCAAUGAGCUUGAUGAAUUGACUGUAAAUCAUAUCCGAAUUACUUUAAAUAUGACAGUUGACACAGUUUUAAUAAUAUUGCAGUCUUUUUUAAACAUUCACCUAAUAAAAGCAUCUGAUAAAGACACAUAUAUUCUUAAUAAUAAUUAUUCUCCUGAUUUAAAGAAGGUCAAAAACAGUAGAUUACGCAUUCAAUUACCUAAAACAACUUCAUCAAUUAAUCAAAAGGAUACACAUAAGUUGAAGACUUUAAAAAAUAGAGAAGGAAAUCUUUCAUUAUGGAAACUUGAGUUGAUAAAAGCUGCAAUAGUAAGAACUGUAAAAACUCAUCCUGACAGGCUUCAAUUUGAUGAGUUAAUUGAUAUUGUUAACAAACAAGUACAUGACUAUAGUGUUGGUGAAUUUAAAGAUGCUUUAUAUAAAACAGUACUAGAUGGAGCUAUCAGACAAGAAGAGCAUUAUUAUAUUUAUUAA